CCUUGGCUGUUUGUUGACGUCUGCUUCAUGGCUACCGAGAUAUGACAAGAGCAAGUCAAGUGAUACAAAAAUGAGGAAGACUGUGUUUCUAACGCUUUUAUCUGCCGCAGUAGUGGCCUCUUUCCCAGAGCAAGGGAUUUGGCAUCUUUCGACGUCAAAGGACAAUGAAUAUGUUGGAGUUAAGAAAAGCAUGUUUAAAGGGGGCAAAAUCAACAUCAAAGUCCGGUGUAAGCCAACCAAUAUGCCGCUGGAUAUUGAAAUCACCUGGAUGUUAAGGAAGACACCUUGUUGGAAUGAAUAUGUCAUACCAGAGGAUGGGAAAGAUGCAUUGCUACAGAAUUACUUCAAUCAUCCUGGUCAGUUUAUUCAGGAUUCUAAGGAUGGAAAGUAUAAACCUGGAUAUGUGAAGACAGAGCCAGAAAUAGUUAGUUGUGAUGACAAUAUUAUCCUGCAUGAAGUCGACCUGGAAAAGAAAUUGGUAACAAAAUCAGAUGCUGAUGCUGAAGAGGCUCACCUAGAGGCUGCAAGAGCAGUGUUGGGGGAUACUGCAACAACAACAAAGGCUAUUCCUGUUGUGAAGUCAGGUCUUUCGGAGAGCGACAUUAGUGCUGGAGGAGCGGCCCAGACCAAGCACCCAGUGGCUAUCCUGCCCUUUGACGGGGUCUACCUCCUGGUAGUCCACACGACAGUUGUUCCUGAAACUGUGAUUGGCAAUGAUUCAUACAUCGCUGAGAUUGAUAUUGAGAUGAGGAGUGACUAUGGUUACCUCUCAGCUGUAGAUUGGCCGUUGCUUGGCUUCUAUGCAGCCAUGUGUGUUGUAUACCUCAUCUAUGGUUUGGCUUGGCUCAUUGUUUCCUUCAUGCACUGGAGGGAACUACUCAGAGUGCAGUACUGGAUUGGCACAGUCAUCUUGCUUGGUAUGCUGGAAAAGGCAGUGUUCACAGCUGAAUACAGCAGCAUUAAUCAGAAUGGGUACAGUGUCCCAGGCCUCAUCAUUUUGGCAGAGUUAGCUUCCUGCGCCAAGCGAACUCUUGCCCGGAUGUUAGUCAUUAUCGUGUCUCUUGGAUUUGGGAUUGUCAAACCGCGCCUAGGUGUGAUUCUGCAUCGUGUUGUUGGUGUUGGUCUUCUCUACUUUGUCCUUUCAAGUAUUGAAGGAUGUACAAGAGCACUACAAUCUAGAAGUGACCCUCAAAAACAGGUCCUUCUAGCCUCCUUGCCUCUGUCCCUUCUGGAGUCAGCCAUCUGCCUCUGGAUUUUCACUGGACUUGUGCAGACCACUCGCAUCCUUCGCUUGAGACGCAACCUGGUUAAGCUCUCCCUCUACCGUCACUUCACCAACACUCUUGCAUUUGCUGUCAUAGCCUCGGUUAUCUUCAUGUUGUGGUCUAUCAGGUAUCACCAGUUCGAAAAAUGUCUCACUGACUGGAAGGAGCUCUGGGUGGAUGAUGCUUAUUGGCAUGUCCUCUUUGCUGUGGUCCUCCUGGUGAUUAUGAUCCUCUGGCGGCCAUCCAACAACAACCAACGCUUUGCCUUCUCACCCUUAUUAGACGAUGGAUCAGAUGCCGAUGAUGAAGAGGAGGCUGAGAAGCUGAUGGCUGAUGUUUCUGAUACUAUGAAAUUCCGAAAUACACGUAAUUCGACCUCAUCAUCACCUCGGGAAUCGCGCUCUGUGGAAGAUGAUUUGAAGUGGGUCGAGGAAAAUAUCCCAUCAUCAAUUGCUGAUAGUGCUCUUCCUAUUCUGGACUCAGAUGAGGAAAUUGUUACCUCAAAGUUUGAAAUUUCAAAGAUGCAGUGAGGUCUUUGCCGAAACUUCACAGGUCCAUUCCAUUACCCAGUGGCACUGAUGCUGUUGGGACCCAUUACAUAUUCUGUCUCCAAAGUAUAGGAACAAAUGGUUCCCUCCCCAUUGCCCACCUUAUUUCCUCUCUCGACUUGUAAGUUAUUGAAAGACAGAUUGUGCCUAGGUUAAGCCUUAGAGUGUGAAUGGAAUUGUCUGAGAGAGUUAGUGAAUUGUGGAAUUACUGUAAAGUCCUCCUUAUCAUGUAAUGCAUGUUUUCAUCAACAUCUGAUUUAGUCAUUGUGUUUGAAGUCUUUUCUCUGCUCUUGCAUAUUUAAGAGGAGCAAGUUUAUCACAUAUUCCAGAAGCUAUUGUGUGAAAUGUUGCCUCAAAAGCCUGGUGGUGUAAAUAGGCUUUUUCAGAAUCCAUAGGGGUUUGAAAAAUAUUCUGUAAUGACAAACCAUACCUUUGGCCUCCUCAUUCUUAUUCAUUACCAAAUAUAGUCUUCAUCUCCCUUUUAUUUUUAUGUUAACCAGUGUGUAAGGUUUUAUUCUUGAUUCCAUGCUCUUUACAUGCCUUAUUUAGAAAUAAUGUAGAAAGUUUGAUGUUAACACAACACUUUGUGAUGUAAUUGGUAAGGAUGAAGGUAUGACUUGAGUAAAAAACACCUACUAAAACCUAAGUGCUGCAGGAACUAUGUUGUUGGAUAUCUAGGGAUAGUAGGCCACUCAUCAGUACUUGCUAUGCUGAUUAUCACACAGGUGAUGUCUCCAGGUGUUGUCAGAUUUAGCCCAUUGCCAC